GAGAGGAAAAGAGAAGAGAGAGUGGGUAGAGACUGAGGGCGGGCAAAACUACUGAGCAUCAAACCGUGGAGGAUACAGACAUACUGGUUGGUUGGGGACCAAGAGAGCCACCGCCUGAUGCUCCAAGGUUGGAUCAAGAGGAAAACACACAGACAGAGGAAGGCAACAGAGAUCUGGUAAAGAAGGGACAUGCAAAGCUGUGUUUGUCUGUAGAAGACCAGAGUAUCAGAAGGAACCAUGAAUUUUGUGAUGAAGCAAGCCUUAGGUGGGGCCACCAAAGACAUGGGGAAAAUGUUAGGAGGAGAGGAGGAGAAGGAUCCAGAGGCCGCAAAGAAGAAGAAGGAGGAAGAGGAGGAGAGACAGGAGGCUCUGAGACAACAGGAGGAGGAGAGGAAGGAUAAGCACCGGAAAAUGGAGUCAGAAAGAGAAGUAGUACGACAGUCCAUCAGGAUCAAGUAUGGCCUGAAGAAGAAGGAGGAGAAGGAGGCGGAGGAGAAGGCGGCCAUGGAGCAGGCCUGCGAGGGGUCUCUGACGCGCGCCAAGAAGGCCAUCCCAGCCGGGUGCGGAGACGAGGAGGAUGAGGAUGAGGAGAGCAUUCUGGACACCGUCCUCAAGUUCCUCCCUGGACCUCUGCAGGACAUGUUCAAGAAGUAAUGAACACAUGAACAACAACAACACGUGGGAGUGGGAGGGGAGAUCUGGGACAUGGUUCGGUCUA